AGUCAAGUCUGAAGUGAAAGUCAACAGCAGAAGUCGAACCGUUUUAUAGGAGUGAACAACCUUAAACAAAUCAAACCUAGUCAUAUAUAUAAUUAAUUAAUAAACAAUUAUAAGUCACUUUACCUCAGCAUCACUGGCAAAUUGCUCAUUGUCCGCUUUUAAGCAACACCCUAUCCCCAACAGAUAAAACCUCCCUCACUCGCCCCUUUUCAAGAAAAUCCAUAUCACAGAGAGAGAGAGAGAGAGAGAGAGAGAGAGAGAGAGAGAGAGAGAGAGACAUUCAUUUGCCACCUCCUUAACGUGCGAGAUUCGAUUGAAAUCAUUGCAAUGGAAUUAGCAGCUAAAGUUGAGCAAUCAUAUGUGGUGGGCCCCACAGAGGACGUCGUGCAAGCGUUGCUCGAGACUUUGGUUGAUCCUCUCUUGCCUUUGAGAUUCUCCAACGUCCCUCCUUCGGAAACGAUCCAAAAUUCGGUUGCCAAACAGAUGCAUGCAGUUGUUUUGCUGUACAAUUACCACCACAGAAAGCAGAACGCCGGCCUACCGUUUCUCGAUUUACUGAAUUUCUGCAAGCUGGCUGUUGUAAUAAGACCACCUCUAAUUGCAUUCAUGAAAUCGAUAAUCAAAAUCGAACCAACGGAGUCGAACACUGCCGAAGAGAACGAGCUUUCAAUAACCGAAAAGGCAGUUCAACACGCGUGCGAAAUCGCUGCAUGCCUAGACGCAUCACGUGAUUUCCCCAACGUGAAAGAAUGGCCAAUUUACGAGAUCGCCAUUGUGCUGAUCGAUUCGGGAAACGAAAAUUGCAUGCUUUUGGAAGCUACAAUCAAUCAAGAAAUGCUCCGCGUUAAGAGGAAGCUAAACGCAUCAUCAAGUUCCGAUUCCGAAUAUCUUCAGGUCGCUUAUGAUUCUGUGAAGGAGACCACCGGUAUAGAAAGUUCCGAGCUUGAGAUUUUGAAGAAGCAUUUGACGUAUUCUUUAACCGAAAAAAAGGCGGCAGCUUGCUUUUAUAUAAUGCGAUGCGUAGGGUCGUAUGUCAUAAACGAGCCAGUUCCGAUUAAAGUUGUCGUCGAGAGAUUGGAAGGACCUGUAGUAAAAAAGGCAGCAUUUGGUUUGUGGAAAACGACACCAGUGGCUAAAGUUCAUCACAUGCUUCCUUAUAUAUCAUUUAUUUCGAGCUGGUUUUCGGGAGGAAGCAGGAAUCUCGUAAAUCGAGAAAAUGACAACAAACAACCUUCGAUAAUAAACGUUGAUGUAAUUGUGAAUUUGAACGGAACUCGCAGCAAUGGGCGAUUUGUUAAAAAGGAGGCAAUCAAAAUCGAGCUCGAUGAAUUUGGCGAAGUUACGAGAAAUAACAAUUCAUAUGCAAAUGUGAGGGUAUCUCGAGGCGUGGGUGAUGAUGUCACUAUCCCGUACAAUGGAAAUGGUUUUUCUGAAACCGAAGAGGAAUUGGAGAAUGCAUUGGCACUUCUUCAGAGGAAAAGACAACAACAGUACUCUCGGAUUUGCAGCAUGGAAGAAACACUUGCUUUAUAUGAAGAUAACAUCGCAAGAAUCCGAGAUGGUGGUGACAUUGGUUUAGCUCGUGAAAUCGUCAAAUCUAUCGCAAGUGGAAACCGUAAUCCGACGCAAAAGCUGGACAAGGAGAAAAUCAGAUUACCGGAAAAUUAUUUUCCUGGGAAAUCUCCGUGUCAAGACUUGGAGUAUACAUGUCUCAAGAAUAACUGGCGACUGCCGAGGUAUCUUAUAGAACCGUCAUCACUCGGUAAAUUUGUUUCGUAUGUGACGGUUGAAGGAAAAGAUUUUAAGUUCCAUUCAAAGGGUGGUGUCGAGUCCAAACCAUGUGAAGCAAAGGAAUCUGCUGCUCGCCAAAUGCUCGCCAAAUUACAGAAUUAUUUUGGGUGAUUAAUAAGGUUCAUUCUUCGUUUUUCGUGCCUGAAAAUGGGAUUAUCGGGAUUUCAAUUUAUGCGGAAUGCAGUUAAUGGAUUCUUUGAGAUAUUUCAGCAGGAAUUUGGAUUAAAUAUUUGAACUAUUGGUUUUUAAGA